ACGGCGUCCUCCCAGCCUGGGAGCCCUGCCCCGUGGGGAGAGGGAUGCCCUGUGCCCCAGUGGCCCAGCCCGGGGGGACCUGGUUUAUCCCGGGGGUGGGCGACGGCGGGGCGACAGCUGGCUGGAGGAUUUGCCGAGGGCAUUAUUUAAUGCUGUGGGUAAAUGGAGGAACAGCAGCUAAUUCCGGAGCCCGUAAUCCUCUUCCUCCCCCGGGGACGGGGAGCGUGCCAGUCACGAACCCGCCGGCGGGCCCCGGGAACGAGCCCUGGCAGCUCCCCGGGUGGUGCCGCGGGCCGGAGCGACUCCCAGACCAUGGGUGAUGUGCAGAAGGGUGCUCUGCAGCCGCCUGGCACCCCACAGGGCUCCCCUAGCACCCCCUGCCCCCAGGGGCUGCUCUCCGUCAUCCAGAAGCUGAAGGGUUCGCCGGAGCAGGAGCUCCGCAUCGUCCUGCUGGGGCUGGAUAACGCGGGCAAGACGACGCUGCUGAAGCGCCUGGCGUCCGAGGAGGUCAGCACCAUCACCCCCACACAGGGAUUCAACAUUAAGAGCGUCCAGUCCCACGGUUUGAAGCUGAAUGUUUGGGAUAUCGGGGGGCAGCGCUCCAUCCGCCCGUACUGGAAGAAGUAUCUGGGCAGCACAGACCUGCUGAUUUAUGUCAUUGACAGCGCCGACCAGAAGCGUUUCGAGGAGACAGGGCAGGAGCUGGCAGAGCUCACGGAGGACGAGUCCCUCACGGGGGUCCCGCUGCUGGUGUUUGCCAACAAGCAGGACCUGGUGACUGCAGCACCCGCAGCCGAAAUCGCAGAAGGGCUGAGCCUCCACACCUACCGGGACCGGGAGUGGCAGAUCCAGGCCUGCUCGGCCCUGUCUGGGGAAGGGGUGCAGGAUGGGAUGAACUGGAUUUCCAGCCAGAUCAUGAACAGGAAGAAGUGAGAGCUGCAAAGUGCCAGACAGGACUGAGCUGCAGGUCCCUUCGCCAUGGCCAACCCCCCUGGUCCCUCGGCUUCCCCCGAGCCUUGGCUGGGCCCUGAGCCUCAGACUGCCAUGUUCACAUGAUUUUUCCCACCCAGUCUUCCACUAAUCAAUCGGCUUCCCCUCUCCCUCCCUCCUCACACCCCCGACUCCCCUGCAGCCCCCGUGCUGUUGGAGGGAAGCACGUGUCCCACUGUGCUGAGGGCUCGCACACCUCCAGAAUGAGAACCUGCCCAGGACUUGUCCAUCCACGCCGCCGUCACAGCCUGCAGGGGCUGCCGUGACCCACACGCUGCCCCGGGCACCCCAACACCGCCAGGCACCCGAGCGCUGCGUCCCCCUGAGCUCCCGCAGGAUGGGACUGGCGCUGCCCCAGCCGCGGCAGCCGGCUCGGGAAAGCCUCCGUUCAGCACCUCUCGCUGGCCAGAGGAGCCCCGUGUGCGCACAGGACUGGGGACGAGCCCGAACACAGGCCAGUCACCAACGGAGGGACCUGCCCGUGCCAGCGGGGGCUGCUCUGUGCCGCCGAGGGGUCCCCGUACCCCUGGGUUGGUACCACACGUGUCCUGUGCCAGCCGGGGCUGCCGUCGCCCGGCUGGAGGUGCCCAUCCGGAGGGCUGGGACAUUCCGCUCCCUGGCCACCGCGGCUGCCGUGGCGGAGGGAUGGGGGAGACCUGCGGGAGCGGGGCGGGGGCCGCCCUGCGACCCUCAAUAAAGCUGCUGUGACCUCCA